CGGAGCGCGCGCACGCGGAGGCGGAAGGCGGAGAGAAGCGCUCCGCCACGGGGGCGAGCGCGCAGGCGCCUUCUUGGGUUAACUGCAGGCGCGAAUCCCAACGUUCCGCGGGCGGUGGGGCUACUUCUUCACAGACCGAAAAGUCCAUAUUUAACUGGAGAGGAAGCAUCACUUAAAAGUUCUCUCAAACUACUAAUCCCAAAGAAUUGAUAACUUUUCUCCAAUAAAGAAAAGAAGUGACUGACUACCAGUUAGAAGUAUUCUGGCACUGGUCCUAUUUUUUCCCUCCUUAGAUUUGUAGAAAAAAUAUGGAGAAAUGGAACUUGAUGGCAGUUGUGGUCCUACUAGGACUAACAGUACGGUGGACAGUUUCCCUUAAUUCUUACUCAGGUGCUGGAAAACCCCCUAUGUUUGGUGAUUAUGAAGCUCAGAGGCAUUGGCAAGAAAUUACUUUUAAUUUACCGGUCAAACAAUGGUAUUUUAACAGUAGUGAUAACAAUUUACAGUAUUGGGGAUUGGAUUAUCCUCCUCUUACGGCCUAUCAUAGUCUUUUAUGUGCAUAUGUCGCCAAGUUCAUUAAUCCAGACUGGAUUGCUCUCCAUUCAUCACGUGGAUAUGAAAGUCAGGCACAUAAGCUUUUUAUGCGUACCACAGUGUUAAUUGCUGAUUUGCUGAUUUAUAUACCUGCAGUGAUUUUAUACUGUUGUUGUUUAAAAGAAAUCUCAACCAAGAAAAAGAUUGCUAAUGUAUUAUGCAUAUUGCUGUAUCCAGGCCUUAUUCUUAUCGACUAUGGACAUUUUCAAUAUAAUUCUGUGAGUCUUGGCUUUGCUUUGUGGGGUGUUCUUGGAAUAUCUUGUGACUGGGACCUCCUCGGCUCACUGGCAUUUUGCUUAGCUAUAAAUUAUAAACAGAUGGAACUUUACCACUCCUUGCCAUUUUUUUGCUUUUUGCUUGGCAAGUGUUUUAAAAAAGGCCUGAAAGGAGAGGGGUUUGUUUUGUUAAUUAAGCUGUCUUGUACAGUUGUGGCUUCCUUCAUUCUCUGCUGGCUGCCAUUCUUUACAGAAAGGGAGCAAACAAUGCAAGUUCUAAGAAGACUCUUCCCAGUUGAUCGUGGGUUAUUUGAGGAUAAAGUGGCCAAUAUUUGGUGCAGCGUCAGUAUCUUUCUGAAGAUCAAGGAUAUUUUGCCACGUCACAUCCAGAUAAUAAUCAGCUUUUGUUUUACAUUUUUGAGCCUGCUUCCUGCAUGUAUAAAAUUAACACUUAAGCCCUCUCCCAGAGGAUUCAGAUUUACUCUGGUUAGCUGUGCACUGUCAUUCUUUUUAUUUUCUUUCCAAGUACAUGAAAAGUCCAUUCUCUUGGUAUCAUUACCUGUCUGCUUAGUUUUAAGUGAAAUUCCUUUUAUGUCUACUUGGUUUUUACUUGUGUCAACAUUUAGUAUGCUACCUCUUCUGUUGAAGGAUGAACUCCUAAUCCCCUCAGUUGUGACAACGAUGGCAUUUUUUAUAGCUUGUGCAACUUCUUUUUCAAUAUUUGAAAAGACUUCUGAAGAAGAACUGCAAUUGAAAUCCUUUUCCAUUUCUGUUAGGAAAUACCUUCCAUGUUUUACAUUUCUUCCCAGAAUUAUACAAUAUUUGUUUCUUACCUCAGUCUUCACUAUGGUACUUCUGACACUGAUAACUGUCACACUGGAACCUCCUCAGAAAUUACCGGACUUAUUUUCUGUAUUGGUUUGUUUUUUAUCCUGCUUGAACUUCCUGUUCUUCUUGGUAUAUUUUAACAUUAUAAUCAUGUGGGAUUCCAAAAAUGGAAGAAAUCCGAAGAAAACCAACUAGCUUUAUUUCCACAAAUAAACAUGAAAAUAUUAACAGUGCUGAAAGUUUUUUUUGAACUUUUUUGCUACAUAUAAAUGAAAUUAUCAUUUUGAGAAUCACAAAAGUUAUAGGGAAAAAAUGGCGACAAGUCAUUGUUGUCUAUAUACAAAGUAAAUGUAUAUGGGGACCCAAGCCCAGUGGAGACUUUUAUUUUCUAACUGUGGAGUGGUCAAGACAUAUUGUAGUUUUAUUAAUGUUUAGUUAUCCAAGUGGGAAAAGGCCCUUAAUCCCAGUGUUUACUCAGGGAAUGUACCACUACAGUUUGUUGUCUUAAAAAGAGAUCUGCAAAUCCAGUGAGCUUACUGGAAGAAUCCAGCCCUUCUUUUUAAAGGAAAUCACUACUUUUGGUAUAUAAAUUUAGUUUUCCUUACAUUUUAGAAUGCAAGUAAUGUGUAUUUCAUUCUUUACAAAUUAUAUCUCAGGGAUUAAAUUUGUGAUGAUCUUUUUAAUUACUGUGAGAAGGCAAUUUAUAGGCUUAAUGUUUGAACAUGCCUUAUUACAUGUGUAAAUUUGAUUUCUUUAUAACAAGGCAGAGAAAUUAGACCAUAUUCUUAUUUCAAAAAUGCUGAUCUACUUGAAUGUAAUUAAUCGGUGAAUUUUACUGAAUUUAAGUGGUUUGAGUGAUUUUUUUUUUAAAUUACUCAUGAUCACUAGUUCUAAACUUCCAGGAUCAUUCUGUUCAAGUUAAAUAGUUUUAUACAGGAUUUCAUCCUUUUGAUCUUUUUUGAGUGGUUUAAGAUUACCACUUCCAUAAGCAUUGAUUCAUAUCAUGUUUCAUGUUAACUUGGCUCUGUUAAUAACAUAUCAUUCUAUAUUAGGAGAAGCUCAUCUCUGCUAUCAUAUUCAAUUGGUAAAAAUAAUAUAUCCUAUCUAUGUUAUAGUUUUUUAUGUAAAGAUUAUUCUUUUGGGAGGGCAGGGGAAAAAAGAUGUGUUUUCUUCAGUUUCUGUGGUAAGAAUAAAACAAUUAUUUUCACAUCAA